GACUGCAGACACAGUACAGGGGAUGACCAGAGACUGCGGACAGUACAGGGGAUGACCAGAGACUGCGGACAUAGUACAGGAGAUGACCAGAGACUGCGGACACAGUACAGGAGAUGACCAGAGACUGCGGACACAGUGCAGGAGAUGACCAGAGACUGCGGACACAGCACAGGAGAUGACCAGAGACUGCGGACACAGCACAGGAGAUGACCAGAGACUGCGGACAUAGUACAGGAGAUGACCAGAGACUGCAGACAGUGCAGGGAAUGACCAGAGACUGCGGACA